CCGGGCCGCUCCCCUCCCCUCCCCCGCCCCCUCCGGCACGGUGGUGUGACCGGAGCGGCGGGACUCAGCCCCGACACCGCACAGCGAGGCCCCGAGACCGCCAGAGACGGCCGCGGAGCGGGGGAGGCGGUUGCCGCCUCCUCGGUCCCCGGCACCAUGAGCAUCGAGAUCCCGCCGGGCCUCACGGAGCUGCUGCAGGGCUACACGGUGGAGGUGCUGCGGCACCGGCCGUCCGACCUGCUGGGCUUCGCCGCCGACUACUUCGCCCGCCUGCGGGAUGCCCGCGACCAGGAGGCGGCCGGCGGCGGCCGCAGGUUGGUCAGCUUCGACGGGGAGCCCAUGCAGACCGAGUCCAACGGCGAUGAAGAGCCCGACCGCGGCGACGAGGACUCUGACUCCGAAUUCGAGCCUCCAGUUGUCAACAGAUACAACAGAAGAGUAUCAGUUUGUGCUGAAGCUUUCAACCCAGAUGAAGAGGAAGAAGAUACAGAACAAAGGGUAGUUCAUCCAAAAACUGAUGAACAGCGAUGCAGACUGCAGGAAGCAUGUAAAGAUAUCCUGCUUUUCAAAAACCUAGAUCAGGAGCAGCUGUCCCAGGUCCUUGAUGCCAUGUUUGAGAGAAAGGUAAAACCUCAAGAACAUGUGAUUGACCAAGGAGAUGAUGGAGACAACUUCUAUGUUGUUGAACGGGGGUUGUAUGAUAUUUUUGUAGCAAAAGACAACCUGUCACGCUGUGUGGGCCGCUAUGAUAAUCAUGGCAGUUUUGGGGAGCUGGCAUUGAUGUACAACACUCCUCGAGCUGCCACCAUUGUUGCCACAACAGAAGGAGCCCUUUGGGGACUGGAUCGAGUGACAUUCAGAAGAAUUAUAUUGAAAAACAACGCAAAGAAGAGGAAGACAUAUGAAUUAUUUAUUGAGUCUGUGCCCCUUCUUAAAUCCUUGGAGGCAUCAGAGAGAAUGAAGAUCGUGGAUGUUAUAGGGGAGAAAGUGUAUCAAGAUGGAGAACGCAUUAUUUCUCAGGGUGAUAAAGCAGAUUGCUUUUACAUCGUAGAAUCUGGUGAAGUAAGAAUCUUGAUCAAAAGCAAGACUAUGACAGGUAAAGAAACAAACCAAGAAGUGGAGAUUACCCGGUGUCACAAAGGGCAGUAUUUUGGAGAGCUUGCACUUGUUACCAACAAACCCAGAGCAGCCUCUGCUUAUGCUGUUGGAGAGGUCAAAUGUUUAGUUAUGGAUGUGCAAGCAUUUGAGAGGUUGCUUGGACCCUGCAUGGACAUUAUGAAGAGGAAUAUAACACAUUAUGAGGAGCAGCUGGUGGCACUAUUUGGCUCUAGCAUGGACCUGUUGGAUCCAGGGAACUAGGCACAGGGUACCUCAAUGCCUUUUUAGUUCAAGACACAGAAAAGCCUCCAAUCAGCAACACAACUCACAAGGAAAACGGACACUACAGAACAGUUACUGCUGCUGUCUUCUUGGGCAUUUUAGAAACCACAAACAAGUCUCAGCACAGAUGGAUUGCUCAGUCCCCGUCUCCACUUUGCUGCUGAUACUUCAUAAUUAGACCUAGAUUAAAGAUUAUUCUAACCCUAUGUUCACUCACUUGGUUCAGAAUGGCAUCUGUCCAACAGUUCAAGUGCCUGAUAUGAAACCCAAAGUGUGCAAGAUGUAGAAGAAUCUUUCCUUCUGGUGUUACUACUGGUAUAAAUUUUCAGACCAGAUUCUAUAGCGGGAGGUUGCCUGUUCUGCAGAGGCAGCCUGUGGAGUAUGAGCCUUUUACAGGUUUAUUACCUUCCUCUCAUGCUUUCCUUUCAUAAUGUCAAAUUUGUUUUUAAUUGUAGUAUCUGGGUUUGAAGUUAAAAUAUCAAUGGAGCUAAUUAAAAUGUGACACUGAAGUUGUUUUCUAUCUGCUGAAAGCAGCAGGUAUUAUAGCUCCUUAAACCAAGUAAACCAAGCUGGGGAACAUGGGACAGUCUGCUUAGCAACAAAAUGCAGAAAAUGAAGCAUUAGUAUAUUUUAAGUGUUUUCUGAGAAGCAAAGAAAAUGGAUUCAUUCUAUGCUGCCCAAAAAAGUGCAGUGGUUCAGAUCACAUGGCCUGAAGGUGUCAUCAUUGUCAUCUCCCCAAAUUUCCUCCUUGUUCCUGACACUGAGUACAUUUUAUUGUGGAGAGAUCACAAUAUAUGACCUUCUUUUGCUUACAGAGAUUCUUUAUACUGCUAGAUUUCCCAGGGCGCUCUUGUUGUCUGGGUCAGUUUUAAAGCUUUUUAAGGAGGUGAAUGUUUUAUAAUUUAAAUGAAGACUACUUCUGUACUUGUUUACAGGAGCUCCCCCCAGUCCUAACAUUUCACAGUAUUCUAACUUCAUUAGACACUUGGAUGCUUCCAAAUACCACGUUGAUUGCUAAACUUUUGAAAAGUUGGCAACGUUUGACUUUGUAAAGCAAAUGUCUUUGCAUUUGGUGUGUUUGAGGAGUCAUUUUGGUUUAGGUGAUAACUAAGCUAAUGCUUAUCUAAAAUACCCAUCAAAUUUGCAGCAUUUAUUAGGUAGAUUCUAUUUCUGUAGCUUUAAUGACCUUAAUUGGCUACUGCUGAGAUUUUAUCAGAAUAUUAUCUAAAGAAUCAGACCAUAAGAAGGACCUUUUUAUGGUGUACAAACAAAAUAUUUAUAUGAAGACACUGAAUUUGUAGGUAAUAAAUCUAGUGACCCUUUGAAUCUGCAUUCUUCUGCAGCUCGUGCAAAACUUACUGGUGUUUUAUGGGGUUAUAAAGUUUUAAUUGUGGGUGUUAGUGUAACAGAACCUGCUCUUUUUAUUUAUGGCCACGAGAGCAAGAAUAGAAGGAUGCUAAUGUUGAAUUCCUGCUUCUAGUUAUCCCAGUGAACAUUUCUCAAGGGCAUGAGAUGCUUAGCUGCAACUCUGAGUUGAUUAUUGGACAAUUUUUACCCCUAAAUGGAGAAGCUCCUCACAGUACUUGCAAUAGGAGUAAGAUGGAAAGUUGGUAAGUUUGGCUGUUGUCCAGUUAUUGUAACUGGAAUAAUAUUUUUAUAUCAUGUGAAUGAUUUGUAGUGGACACCACUGAACUAGGUGUUUCCAUAUUAUUAAAGUCCUGGUUGUGAUGUCUGGUGGCUGUUCUAACUGCAUGUACUUUAGAACAGUGAAUUUCCCUUGCUUUAUCGGGCUGGUUUUUUUAUUAUUGUUGUUGUUGUAAAUUACAGCCAAAGAAGCAGCAAGUACUUAUUUCAUGCUUCCAGGAUUUAACACCAAAGAAAAAAAUAUUUUGAUUACAGAAUAAACAAAAGAACAAAACAACAAACACAAGACAAAAAUGAAAAAUCAUACUUAUCUGGUCCUUGCAUUGGUAAUAGAUAAAACUUUAAGAUUCUUUGGGCUCCAAGACAAGAGUCUUUUUGAAGCCAGCUUGUGACUGUCUCCAAACCAGUAUGAGUUUCUGUGCUGCCUAAACUGUCAUGUGAGUUAAAGAGAAAACUGCUGUGAAUAAUCAUCAGCUGGCCUUUGCUGUUCCCAGGCAGAGUAUCCUCUCCUUUAUCCAUAAGAGCCUGGCAGUUUGGGCUGCCUUACAUCUGGAUUCUGGUUCUUACAGCCUUUGGUUCUCUGCAGGACAGCAUUUUAUACCUCAGCAUAUGCAAGCAUUGGCAGCUUAACCAAAAAGCCAUGCUAGGCUGAUGUAAGGUAUAUCUGCUUGGAAGAGAGGAUUUGAUUCUAGAAGCCAAAUGAAAGGAUGAGAAUUUAAAAGCAAAAGAUUGGCAUCCCAUUUGAACAAGAAAUUUUGAAGUUUUACCUUUUUCCAGGUUUCCCAAAGCACAGGGAUACCAGGCAAUUCCAUCCUGGAUCUGUGUGACAUCAUUGUCAUGUAAAGAGGCUGCCUGAGAUCAAACUGAAGGAGAAUGAGCCUGUAAGAAGGCUCAUCCGUUUAAAAGUAUAAUUUGCAAUGUGUCUUAAUUAAUUUGGUCUGGUCUAACCAACCUGUUCUUUACUUUUUUGGAGCAUGAUGAUAGAGAAAUUUGUAGCAAAACAUUCAACGUUGGCAGAUGCCAGGUUAGAGCACCAGCAGUGGGCAGUUGGAAGGUGUGUGAGUGGCAAUACCCAGACCAGUGCCUGAGGUGAGGUGCCUGCUCAUAAAUAUCUGCCCACAUCCCUGUGUCUCAGCUCAUUCCUUCUCAUUAUUACUGCUCAUUGCAGCUGUUGUGGAGAAUGAGCCCAGGUUUUUGUUGUUGAGCUCAGUGUUCAGUAAAUCUGCUGUGGAGUCUGUGGAAGAGGCAGUAGAGAGAGCUCUAGUUUUUAUUAAAAGAACUCAGCAGCAAAGAGGGCAAAGAGAAAAACAUCUUUAAGAUUUAGGGGGGAGGGGGAAAAGUCGCUUGUUUGUAAUUCCCUGGUUGUGAUUGUUGUGAAGUUAUUGAGAGGAGCUUUUGGUGGCCAAAUAUCCUGGCAUAGGAUAUUUCUGUUCAAUGUUGCAGCACAGGUUUCACAAUGUAAAAGAGCAAAAAAGAAUGUAAGUGCUGUCUUUUUAGAAACAAAAGUGCAAAACUUAAAGCUUUAAAACAAAACUUUAAAAACAAAGUGCAGUUUUGCACAGAGGGCAAAAAACUAAACCCCUUUGAAUGUCACUUUUUUUUUUUCCACUGGCUGAAAGCAGACUCUUGUUCUUGACAUGCAUUUGUAACCCAGUCUUGACAAAACACAAACACUUUGGUUUAUUUCACUCCAGAUAAUUUUUGUUCUUAUUGUUAUUGCUGAUUAUUUUCGUUUUUUUCAAACCAUAAAUUUUCUUUCAAGAGGCCUUCCUUGUGAAUUUGCUCCUGACAGUCUGCAGCACUACACUGCUAUUUCAAGAUGCAAGAGAAAGUCACUAACCUCAUAGGAGAACACUUGACUCUGCUGAGCUGGCUGGAGCUAAUAAUGCGCUAUUAAUUUUCCUCUGCUCUGUGAGGCAGGAGGGGAAUGAAAUUCUGCAUGAAGUUGCUACCUCAAGGCUCCAAGUGCUUUUAAAGGUCUUUCACUUGGGAGAGUUUCAUAAGACAGUUCUUAAAAUUGGUCUGUUCUUUUGAGUUAAAUGUGUUGGUUUUUUUUUUUUAAUUGAUUCAUUGAGGGACCCUUAUUUUAAUUCAUUUUACUUUUAAUACUUGAUUCUCAAAGGAGGAACAGCUGCAAAGUUUGGUUCUUGCACUAUAGUGUUGAAUAUGAAAGAAAAAUGCUUGCCAUAUAAGCAUAUGGUUUUAAUGACCUAAACCACUCUGGGGUUCAGCUUCACUUUUGGUUAAUAAAAACCUGACAUGUUGUGUCCAGC